CCUGCAGCUGUGCCGUGACGCGUUUUUUACGCGCGGACUGAAAAGUACACGAGCUCGUCAGUCUUUCUCCUGCGAUGAAAACAAAGUGGUAUUUAUUAUUUUUGUUCAUAUUUAUUAUUUUCAUUGGCUCACUCGUCUCUGCGGCCGAAACGCCCAGAAAACGGAGGAAGGGGUUUAACCAGAAACACAAACGUCUCAAAYCGUCCGCCAAAGAGGUCCGGAAGUCCCGGAAAAGGUUCUCCGGCGGUUCCCCUCAGAUCACCAGGUCCACCUCUCCGGCGACUCCGUCUCUGGGUCCAGGGAAGACCGGGGAGGAGGCGAGGAUCCAGGCGGACUUCGCUUCCCUCCCGGACGUCUCGGUCACCUGCUCCACGACGGACUUCGUGGUGCGGGUCAGACCGGGUUUCUACGGUCUGGGCGCGGACGCGCAGGAGCUGACCCUGGGCCGCAGCUGCAGAAGCAACGGAGUUGUCCGUCCGCAGGGGGACCUGCUCUUCACCUAUCCCCUAACGGAGUGCGAUGGAGUGCGCGAGCUUCUUCCAGGUUACCUGGUCUAUAAGCACGUGCUGCACUACCAACCUUCUCCGAAACGGUUCCCGAGCAGAGCGCAUCAGAUCAGUGUCAACAUAGAGUGUCAUUAUCUGAGGGAUCACUCUGUGCACCAGCUGGCGGUGCAGCCCACGUGGCAAACUGUUAUUUUGCGUAAAAAGCUCAAGAGCCGUGCCAUGGACUUCCUAAUUAAAUUAAUGGAUGAUUCAUGGAAGGCGCACACCGAGCCUCAGGUGUACCAGCUUGGGCAAACCGUGAACAUCCAAGUCUCUGCUCUUCACCUGCCUCCUGGAUUAAAGCUCUACAUCAACAGCUGCUACGCAACAUCAUCCAGCAAGUCCUCCCUCAAAUACAGCAUAAUAGACAACUUUGGCUGUAUGGUGGACAGCAAGCACGACCCCGGAGUGUCACAGUUCGUCUCUCGGACAGACGACGCCUUAAAAUUCUCCGUAAGGGCCUUCCAGUUCACGGCUGACCCCGAGGCCGAGGUUAGCAUCCACUGCAAGGUUUCAGUCACACCAGAGGGUCCAGGCCCGGUGCAUAAAUCCUGCACCUACCAAGAUCGCAGGUGGAUGGCUCUUACCGGCCGCAACUCCAUAUGCGAGUGCUGCGACUCAACUUGUACGAGCUCCAGACCCCAGAGGGCCCUGAUAGAAGGUUUUGCCAGCAGCGGGCCGUUGCUGGUCUCGGAUCAGCCGUACGCAGCAGAGCACGACCUCCGACCAGUCAGUCCCUCUGCUGUCAGCAGUGGAGAAGAUGAGAACUUCAGUUCUCACACAGACGUGAACAAUCAUAAGCUAGCAAGUUCAGAUGUAGAAAACCCCAAUAAAAAGGAGGAACAGUUUACAGAAGGUAGAGACGUCUUUGGAGAAAUGAGAGGAUCUGAUUCAGACGAAGAGAAGACCCUAAAAGAAUCUGAAGAGAAUUUAAAAGUUUGGAAAACUGGAUCAGGAAAUGAGGAACAGGGUUUUUCAGAACCAGAAACAGAGGAUGAAUCUGAGGGAAGUGAGGAUGAGGCCACUGAGGACCAGAGGAGAGAUGAUUCACUUCAGCUGGAGCAUAUUGGACCAUCUGAAGAUGGCCUACAGGCAGAACUAGAACCGUCAGGACCACCUGCCUCAGAGGGAGGGAGAAAAGAGACUCAAGGGUUUAAAGAUGACGAGGACAGGAUGUUUUCAACGAUGGAAACAAAAAAUGUCAGCAGUCUGAUGGAUGAAGAGAAAACGUGGUAUUUUACAUGGUUGUAGUGAAAUUAAGUUUCUUAUUUCUCAACAAUAAAUGUAUUAAAUGCAGAAAAGUUCUGUUUACUGAAGUUUAAACUUUUCCUGAGUUUGCCUUUGUAAUUCUAUAUAUGAAGAGAAUAUUUUAGUUGAUGUAUUAGGAUUUAUUUGUAUUACAAGUUGUCUCAGGUUCAAACAAUGAAUGGAAACACCUUUAUGCCAAAAUAAAAAAAAAUUUGGGAAGGUU